AUGUAUCGGAAGUUGUCUAAGUUAGAACACUCGGAAAUAAAACAACUUCUUGCAGAAGCUAAUAUAGAUGUUGCAAAGCAUUACGCAACAAACAAAAAAGCACUCGCUGACAUCCUCAAUGACUAUAAUGGUGCAAUAAGUUAUGAUAGAAUUCAUGAGUUCAUAAAGCCGCAACGCGGCAAGGACGAAGUCCAUGCAAGAGCAUUUCCUUUAAAUGACGUUGCUAUUGACUUAUAUCAUAGACGUUCAGUACCUCAUGAAGUAAGAAGAGAAAUGUUUGACAUAACAAAUGCAAACGUUGGUGAAACAAGAAGAAGAGACGACACACUGAAACAACAGAGAAGAGAGAUGUUUAAGAGCGCUAUAGAACAAGUUCGCAAAGCUAACGAUGUCCUUCGUUCCAUUGACGACAAACCAAAAGAAGGUGAGAGAUGGUUAAAGAAAGAUGAAGAGAAUAGGAAGAGGAAUGUUAAGACAGGCAAUAGACUCAUUGACUUUAACAUCGAAGCUUUAGAUGAACCAAACAGAGACUACUUACACAAACAUUUCGGUAAGGUUUUCAUGAGACUCUUAGAGAAGAUUAAAAUAAACUCACAACAGAGAUGGAUGGUAUGUUAUAAACUUGGUGGAAAGUAUGAAUGUUCUACGUUAAACCUCAAUAAUAUUGGAACAUUACUACAUCAGCUCUUGAAGGAGAACUUUAUAUCAGAGAUAGAAGCAAAUGCUGCAG